AUGGACGGCCAGCUUCUGCCUGUGCUGCUGCUGUUCCURCUGGGGGCCUCAGGCCUACAGGGACAGGGACAGGGACCUGAGAGACCCUCAGAGGAUCUCCUGGAGGAUACCCCUGGGGAGGAGGUCCCCAAGGAGGAUGGGGUCUUGGUGUUGGACCACCACACCCUGGGCCUGGCCCUGCAGGAGUACCCAGCCCUGCUAGUGGAGUUCUUCGCCCCGUGGUGUGGGCACUGCAAGGCGCUGGCCCCUGAAUACAGCAAGGCGGCUGCCUUGCUAGCAGCUGAGUCGGUCACGGCCACGCUAGCCAAGGUGGAUGGGCCUGCGGAGCAGGAGCUGACGGAGGAGUUUGGUGUGACAGGGUACCCCACGCUCAAGUUCUUCCGUGAUGGGAAUCGGACGCACCCCGAGGAGUACACAGGCCCCCGAGAGGCCAAGGGCAUCGUUGAGUGGCUAAAGCGGCGGGUGGGGUCCAGUGCCACCCGGCUGGAGGAUGAAGAGGGUGCACAGGCACUGAUGGAUGCCGGGGACGUGGUUGUCAUCGGCUUCUUCCAGGACUUGGAGGAUGAGGAUGUGGCCACCUUCCUGGCCCUGGCCCGUGAUGCCCUGGACAUGACGUUUGGCUUCACUGACCAGCCAAAGCUGUUUCAGAAGUUUGGCCUCACCAAGGACACUGUGGUCCUCUUCAAGAAGUUCGAUGAAGGACGGGCUGACUUCCCAGUGGACGAGGAGCUGGGUCUGGACCUGGGGGACCUGUCCCGCUUCCUCAUUACACACAGCAUGCUCCUGGUGACGGAGUACAGCAACCAGACCUCCCGGAGGAUCUUCAGCGCCAGGAUCCUCAACCACCUGCUGCUGUUUGUCAACCAGACGCUGGCUUCACAUAGGGAGCUCCUGGAGGGCUUCCGGGAGGCGGCUCCCCCGCUCAGGGGGCAGGUGCUGUUUGUGGUGGUGGACGUGGAUGCCAGCAAUGACCACGUACUGCAGUACUUUGGUCUCAAGGCUGAGGAGGCCCCCACCCUGCGCUUGGUUAACAUUGAGACCACUAAGAAGUAUGCACCCCCUGGAGGGGGGCCUAUCACCUCAGCCUCCGUGGCAGCCUUCUGCCAGAUGGUCUUCAGUGGGAAACUCAAGCCCUACCUGCUAAGCCAAGAGGUCCCCCCUGACUGGGACCAGCGGCCCGUCAAGACCCUUGUGGGCAAGAAUUUUGAGCAGGUGGCUUUCGACGAAACCAAGAAUGUCUUUGUCAAGUUCUAUGCCCCAUGGUGCAGCCACUGCAAGGAGAUGGCCCCGGCCUGGGAGGCACUAGCUGAGAAGUACAGGGACCACGAAGACAUCAUCAUUGCUGAGCUGGACGCUACGGCUAAUGAGCUGGAGGCCUUCACUGUGUCUGGCUUCCCCAGGCUCCUGUACUUCCCCGCAGGGCGGGAUCGGAAGAUGAUGGAAUACAAGGGCAACAGGGACCUGGAGAGCUUUUCCAAGUUCCUGGACAGUGGGGGUGAGCUGCCAGCAGAGGCACCCACAGCCCCCUUCCAGGAGCCACUAGCCAAUUCCAGUGUGGGGCCCCGGGAGGAGCUGUAG